AUGGAUCAGCAAAAUUAUAAAUUCAGGAACGAAGUUUUGGCUCAUUCUAAUGAUGUGCGGGCAAUUAGUGUAAUGGAUAAUGCUAUUGUAAGCGGUUCAAGAGAUAUGACAGGGAAAGUUUGGGCUGAAAGCAGAAUGGUGUGUGGUUUUCAACCUUCACUUGGAUCUGUUGGUAGUAGGUACCAUUAA